AUGAAACCUAAUCAAAAAGUAUUAGAACAUCUCAAGACUUAUGACUAUUAUUUACCAAUUCAUUUAGAUUAUGUAUAGAAAUGGUAUAUAUAUAUAUUAUUAUAGGUUUUAUGAAUAAAUGAUCGAUAAUUUAGGAUUAAGCGAAAGUUUUAGAAACUCAUUUUUGAGUUAGAUUUCUAAGAUUGGAUAAUUAGCACAUAAUGAAUAGCAAUUUAGAAAAUUAAUAAGAGAUUCUUGGUUUGGUUUUUUUAAUUCAAAACCAUUGUCUAGCAUUUGUCCUAUACUUGAUAGAUAAGAACAGAAUGAAGUAUUAGAAUUUAUGUUGAAUGUUUUAAUUGAACCAAAAUAAUAUGAAAUAACAUAUAUAGAUGAAUUACUAUAAAUAUAUGAAUAUUACUUACAAGGAGUAAAACAAUAGAAUUAUUUUUAUUUAGAAUAGAGGUGUUGCUAGUAUUAUAAAUAGGACAAAAUUUAGAAUGAUUCUAAGUAAAUUGAUAUGUAGUAAAUUUAUUAUAAGUUAAGAUGAAAGAUAUUAAACAUAAAUUAAACAAUAUUUAAUUGAUCUUUAUCUAAGAAAAAUUGAAAAAUUGGAUGAAAAAGAUAGAAUUCAUGUUGAAUAAAUUACUAGAAUUAAUAUCUUUCAUAUUUUAUAAGAAUUGUUAUUUGAUUAAAUUGAUGGAUAAGGAAAUAUAUUUAAUCAUCUUAAACGUGUAAUCUUAAUCUUAUUAGAUGAAUCAUAAAAUAUAUUAAUAUCCUUUUAAAUUUUUAAGAAUUUCUAUCAAAUGUAUUUAGAUAAAGAGAAAUUUUUAUUUGAUAGAAUUGAUCCAAGAUAAAAUGUAGAUUAUAAUAGAAUUUCUAUUGAAUUAAAUUAGAAAUACUUUGAAAAGAAAGAUCUAAGAGAAGCCUUGAAAUCUAUUGUAUCAAGAUUAACUUCAAAUAUUGAUUAUAAAUUAAUCAUAAGAGAAUUAGUUACUAAAGAUAUUUAUAGUAAAGAAAAUGAAUAAAUGUUUUUUCCUGUCUUUAAAGAAUAUGAUCUCAAUAAUUAAUAAAAAUAUAGAAGAUAAUAAACUAUUGAUCAUGAUCUUAUUUAAUAAAUUAAACUCUUAGGAUUUAAUAAAUUGGAUAAAAGAAAUGAAGUUGAAUUUGAUAAUCUCAAUUUUUCAAUCAAUAUAAUAGAUAAUAAUAAUAUUGUUGUAAUCAAUAAAAGAAAUAAAUAAAAAGCAAAAUGUUCAAACAUAAAAGAACUUCAUUUCUUUAUGCAGAAUUACAAUAUAUGA